AGAUGUGUUUGAAACACGUCACCAAAUGAUAAACGAAGAAGAGCGGGGGGCGGAGCCUCCUUCCACCGACGUCUCGGAGCCAAUCACUCCUCCUGGCGGGUCUUGAGCGCACAGACACAGCGGUUGUUGUUGUGCUGACUUGUCACCAUUAUUCUGUAAUAGUUACAGUAGUUAUAGGCGCUACAGAAUGGCGUCGUUUGUGACUGAAGUCCUCGCCAGCUCAGGAAAACUGGAAAAAGAUGACCUGUCCAGUAAAAUCAGCAGAAUGUCGCGAAAAGUGGAAGAUACAAAGGUAACCUGCGGACUAGCCUAGCAUGAGCUAACUAGGCUAAGAAAAGUUUGAAAUAGCUUCUGCCGUUAGAGCUGAUACCAAAGUGUCUGAAACUUGAUUUAUGGAUAAAAUAACAUGUACAAUUGUUCACUCUGACCAGUCUUAGCGUAGGACAUCUAGUUAGUGGAGUUAGUGCUUAAUGAUCAAGGGGAAUAAAGUUAGCAUUAUGACUAACCCAGACUUGGAGGUGACAUUUUGCAACGUGGCUUUAUUUUCUGCACAAAGUGAAGUUGUAAGUGAAUAUUUCGGUUUAUAUCAGCGGUCACAGCUCUUUUAUUAAAUAUGAUAACUGUAUGCAUCCUGGAAAACUUUAAAUCAAACUCCAUAAUUUUACAGAGUAAUGUGACACAGAGGUAGACAGCCUCACACAGAGACCAGCCAUAACAGUGCAGCAGAUCUACCUUCAAUUCUGCAUUUUUAAAGCCUCUGGCUGGUGGGUCUAUUUACAGAGUACAUGACAGUCUUGCUGGUGGUUUUGAGUCAGGAUAUACUUGCAUGACAAAAAAUAAGCUGCUAAUCAGAUACCGAUAUCUGGGCCGAGCGUAUCGGCAGAUAUUCGAUACCGAUCCGAUACUACUGUUGAAUGAAUGAACUGUAUACCUUGCCCUGUGAAUGAAGGCAUCAGGCUUGACAUGAGCCUUGUUUAAAAAAGGUAACAAAUUAACACAGAUAUGAAUUGAUGUAAUAUUAUUUAUUACGAAAUAUCAAAUUGCACAUUAGCACACAGCAAACAGAAGUAAGACUUCCAUGUAUUAAAGAAAAUUAAUCAAAAGAAAAAUCUGCUGAUCUGCGUCAUUCAUCCGAUAUUUAAUCUAGUUAAUUUGUCAAUAUCAGAGCCGGUAUCUGAUCCAAAUAUCGGAUCGGUGCAUCCCUAUCUGAAAUAAUGGCCAACUUUGUCAUGAUUAUUACGUUUAAAUCUUCUUGUUUUUUACAGGAAGAAGUGUGUGACAUGAUGAACAAGAGGUAUAGUGACUUCCUUCCUGGUCUACAAGGGUCCGAAGAGUUAAUGGUUCAGGUUGAUGAGGUCUCCAAAGAAAUGGAUGCCCUUAAAAACUGCAUUGAGACUGAGGUAUGUGCUACUUAAAAGAAAGCUAUGCACCCCCACCCCCCAAUGAAUUUUAAGCACAUAUAUAAGUUUUUAAUUUAUGAACUUUUAUGAAUUUGUAAAAAUGUUUUAUUUAUGUACGCAGGUUCAGCAGAAUAUCCAUGUCGCAGUAGCUGAAUAUGCAAAACUAAAGCAGCAGCUGGAGAAAAAUACCAUCAUAAUAUCAAUGCUUGAACAUAUGAAACAGGUACAGCAUGCAUGACUCAGAACUUUACAAACAGACUUGAAGGUGAACUUUUUGCAUCAAUAUAUUAUUUAACAUGUCUGUGAUUGUCAUAUCUUCUAUUUUAAAUUAGUUUCACAAUGCGAUGGAUCAGAGCAACAAAGCUUUACAGGACAAGAAGUAUGUUGAUGCAGCCAACCAGUUAGAAAAGGUAAGAGCUGCUCAUAUCACACACAAAUGACCUCAUCUCUAUGCUGACUCAACAGUUUAUACAAAUAAUCUCUUAAUCUCUUUAGUUCAAGAACAGCAGAAACCCUCCCGUCUGUUAAAAAAAUCCCUUUUAAUCGUUUGAUUUUUCCAAGUUCAGCUUAUUUUCAUAAAGAGGAUGUUGUUUCUGUUCUCUUCAACAAGGCAUGCCACACUUGCAGAGUGUGAUUGAGGGAAGGCAUAAAAUAGCAAUAUGCUGAGCCGAUAUGUUAAUACUUCUUUUAAUAGAAGUCUCUUUAUUAUAUGUAUAUAAAUGUAAAAAUUGAUAUUAAAAUGUGUUCCAGGCAAGAGCCAGUGUGGAUGCACUGAAGGACUGGAAGACUUCUCGGCUGCCACUGCUCAGUGCUCUCAGCUCUGAGCUCAUAGUGCAGAGAGAAAACCUAAUUUACCAUUUGGGAAAUGAAUGGAAGAGCCUCGUCAUCUGGAGAUUACCCUCUUUAAAGGGUAGGUCGUCCUCAAAAAACUGGGUUAAAUGACUAAUUUUCAGUUCUUGUUUCAUAGAUGGUGAUCAGAUAUUCAUGACACAACAUAAAUUGCUCAGUUGUCUGUUGCUUGUAAACAUUUCCCUUUAUUUUUCCCUUAUAAACAUAAAAGAAAUCUGUUUGAUUUGAUUUGUGAUGAUUGUUGGAUGUUUGAUACCAGAACCAGCAGGUCUGAAGUCCUUCCUGAAGGUGGAGCUGAACCUGAGCUGUGCCUGCAGCAAGGAGGGACAACCAACACCAUCUGCUCUGCUGCACAGUGUCCUGCAGGCUCUGGCCAUCCAGGGAGACCUUCAGCACAAGAUCAAACUCUUCAGUAAGAACAAGCAGCACUGUUAACACUUUGACUUCAGUUGAUCUUUAUACCUGAGUUCUGACUAUCAGACUGUUUAAAAGCAACAAAAAAAAAAAAUCAGAAAAGGGUCAAAAUUGAACCCAAAUGUAGUGAACACAUCUAAACAUGAGUCCGCAGGUAAACAAAUUAGUUUUCUGAGUAAGAUGGUAAAGCAUUAUGGCAGGACUGGGAGCAAGAGUCCAAGUCACCACAGCUUAGAAAUAACAUCACCAGCAUUUCAGGCCUAUAAUAUAAAAAAUAUUAAAGAUUUGUUUCACCAAUUAGAAAAUCUGGUGACAUUUGACUAAAUGAGCACAUUCUUAUCGUAAACAAACAAGCUGAUUUAUCUUUCAUUUUAUUGAAUAACAAAUUCUGAGCAAAAUCUUAUCACCAUUGGUCUUUGUUAUUGACUUUCAGGUCAGGUGCUGCUGAAGUCAAUGCUGAAGCCGUUGGUUAUGUACCCGUCAUUGUCAGUGAGGGUGACAGAGCAGCAGGGGGAGGGCACCACUCUGGCCUUACAGUGUCUGGAGGAGAGCAAAGAGGAGAGAUCUACUCCUUCACAGGUCUACAGCAAACUGCUCCUGGUGCUAAAGACACUGCACUUACACCUGCUAGGUACAGUGUUUUUCUAAGUGUGUAUGAAACAAGAUGUCAAAUACGACAGUGAACAGUGAACAAUAUUGGAAAUGUCAACUUGAGACGGGCUUGUCAUGUGGGUGGUUUUUCUUUGUUUUGUUGCAGAUGUGUCCAUUGGUGAUAAGAAACUCUCCAGCAUCUUGGGAGUGCUGAUCUGGGAAGAAAUUUCCCAGUGCAUCAUACAUGAGUGUCUCCUCUACUCCAUCCCCAACAACAGCAGCCAGUUGGAGAAAUACAGCGCUGUACGAACAGUUUGUUUAGUACAAUGACUUUGUUACCCAUGAGCGAGGGUCCCUUCAUUUUUGCACCCUUUUAUAACUUUCCCAAGAGUCUAUGGAUGUGAAUAAUAUUUAUAUUUUUAAUUGUAGGUGAUUAAAGAAACAGAGGAGUUUGAGAAGUCCCUUAAGGAGAUGGAGUAUCUGCAGGGCGACUCAACAGACCUGCUUAAAUAUGCCAGAGAUGUCAACUGCCACUUUGCCAGCAAGAAAUGCAAGGAUGUCAUCGUGGCGGCCCGCAAACUCAUGACCUCUAAGAUGCACAAUACUGUCAAGGUAGGAUGUGAGCUGUAGUUAAGUGUCUAUAAGUAUGAAGUUAAAGGGAUAUUUUGGCAUAAAAUUAAGUUUAGGUCAAACAAACUGUAACACCGAGUUAGACAUCCUGUCGAGAGAUGAAUGUUGCUUCUCUAGUUAUACCAACUUUAGUAACGACCGACCGCAGCAGGGUUACGCAGCUCAAGGAAGAACAUUUAUGAUCAUUUCUUUAUCAUUUCCUUGAAGUAAUAAUCAUCAUAUUAAUCAUUUUGCACUGUGGACGCUGUGGUCUGCCUUAGCAUCUCGAUCUGAAUGCAUUUCCAUGAAGUAAUGAUCAUAAAUGUUCUUCCUUGAGCUGCGUCACCCCGCUGUAGUCCGUAAUGGACUGGCCUGAAGUCUCGCUACAAACAAGCGGCUGCUGGAAGAAAGUAGGUGAGUUGUGUUCAGUCUCUUUGCUAAAGAAAUCAGGCAAAGUUAAAAAGACCCUAUAUGUACUGUUGAUGAAGUUAGGUGCUGUUCUGAGCAUUAUUUGUGGCUAUAAAGUGGCGUUUUGGUUGAGGUUUGUGUUUGGCUCCUCAGACCACUGUGUAUUGCUUUCCUGCUGUCGUUACUAAAGUUGGUAUAACUAGAGAAGCAAGCGGUCGGCAACAUUCAUCUCUCAACGGGGUGUAUAACUCAGUGUUACGGUGUGUUUGACCCUAACUUAAUUUUAUGCCAGAAUAUCCCUUUAAGGCAGGUCAGAGUUUUAAUUGCCAUAUUUCAAUACAAAGCUCAGGAAAUGAUUCAACAUACUCGUUGUAUACUCUGGCGUUCUUCUUGGUGAAUGAAUCAGUGCACUUUUUCUCUGUUAGAUUACGCCAGACUACAAGCUGCGUCUCCCCAAGCUGCCCGCCCCUGGUUCGGAGGUGAAGGCGAAGCAAGAGAAGUCAAAGGAGGAGACACCGAUGGAGAACUCGAAACAGCUGUCUGCAUGGAGUCUAUGUCUGCCAGCCUGUCACAUCAGUGAGUCGGUGCAGCAGCUGAUGGAGCUGGCACUCAACACACUGUGUGAAGCUGUUGGGAGCUCCACUCAAUGGUACAUUAAGAUAUACUUACACCUGUUCCCUGUUACUCAUCCUAUAAUGGAUACUAAUGUGUGAGACCAAGAGAAAUGAAAUAAAUUCAGUGAAAGUGUUGUUCGAAUAAAAGUUCAUCUACCUGUUCUUCUUUUCAGUGCAUUACAGCUCUUCUUCACUGUCAGAAACAUUUUCCAGCUGUUCUACGAUGUUGUACCAACGUACCACAAGUGAGUCUUUUUCCAUCAUCUGACAGUAUACAAGAUCAAACAAACAAAACUCCUCAUGAGACAUAAAUGUGUGUCUAUUUUUUCCUCGAUCCUCCACCACAGGGAGAACCUGCUCAAGUUCCCUCACCUUGCUGCCAUCCAGCACAACAACUGCAUGUACCUGGCCCACCACCUGCUCACCCUCGGCCACCAUUUCAGAGCUCACCUGCCUCAGCCUCUCAGCGAGGGGAUAGCAACUUUUGUUGACAUGGUGCCAGGAUUCAGGAAGCUGGGUAAAUAUACAUUUCUUCAGCUGUCUGACAUUCUGACAGUUACUUUGUUUUGUUUUUUUAACUUCUCUCUAGAGUCUUUAUUUCAACAGCCAAAUCUCCUCUCUAUUCUGGGUAACCCUGUUGUUUGUCCCUCAAGGCGCUCAGUGCUUUCUAACACAGAUGAACGUCCAGAGAGCCGAGCUGUUAGAGCGACUUUCCACCGCUCACAAUUUCUGCAACCUAGACGAUGAAGACAACUACAUCGCAGCCAGCAAAGCAAUAAGACAGGUGUGAACAAAGGUCUUCUAAUAAUAAAGUUAAAUCAUCACAAAAACGGUUGGUUCUGUGCUUAGCUUUAAUUUUAAUGACAUAAUGAACAGGUCCUAAAUCACUAACGGUUAUUCUUUCGCUGGAUUUCAGGUCAUCCAUCAGCUUAAGCAGUUGGGCACAGUGUGGCAGGACGUCCUCCCAGUCAGUAUCUAUUGUAAAGCUAUGGGCCACCUCCUCAACACAGCCAUCACAGAGAUCAUCUCUAAAAUCAUGAUGCUCGAGGUUUGUCUUUCUUUACUUGACUUAUGGACUUACACAGUUGUUAUUUAAUAAUGAUUGAUGGUGAUGACAAAACACUCUUUCCAUGAGUAGGUUUAGGUUGAUUUGGAUACUGAGAUAUGUUGAGGUCAGACUUACAAAUGACUUUAAAAUCAGUGUCUUUUGAUAACUUAUGAACACUAUGAUCUAUUUUACACUCUAUACAGUGUACUUACUGGUAUCUAAGAUUUUGUCUCUGACUUACCUGCCUGUAGGACAUUUCCUCUGAGGAUGGGGAGCAUCUCCACACUCUGUGUCAAAACAUCAUUGAGGAGGGUCCGCUCGUCUUCAUCCCUCUCACUGAAGGGAACAAGAAAUACCAGGAGGAAGUGCCUCUCUACGUGAAUAAAUGGGGAACAUUCAAGGAGCUGGUGAUUGUGCUGCGAGCUAACCUACAGGAGAUAGUGGACAGGUAAUGAAACGUGAGGAUGAGAAUGAAGAAGUGACAGGGUACCAUCAAAAUGCAGUAUAUAGUGUACUCGUUUCUCAAUAUUUACCAUCUGCUUUAAUACAAAUUUUUAUUAGAUUAGGACUCAUGUUCAGAUAAGUGCUGCUAGAUUUAGUUUUGAUUUCAUACAAGCUUUUUUUCGAACAUCCAGAAAACGAGUUGAAGACCAAGGUUUCUCCGCAGCCCUACAGAAAAACAUAUGAACAUGGUAUCACAUAUUUAACCAGUUUGAAAAAAGUCAUUUUUGGAUCUUUAAUGUUACAGUUACCAUGUUAAAAAUGUAUAUAGAUUGGUUGAGCAGCUCUAAGUAAGUCACAGCAAUAAUAUACUGACUCCCCGUUAAUUGUUUAAUGGAUUUAGAGAGUGUAAUGCAGAUUUACCCCCCAAAAAACUGAAAAGUAUCACACAAGAUUUGAGCAGCAAUAUUUUUGUUAGAUGGUUUCCCUUUUAUUAUUUUAAACUCUGAGAAUGAGGCAUGUAACUACUGUCAUUGGUAUUAGUUCUUUAGGUGUGUGUUAAAGGGAUAUUCCGGGGUAAGUUUAAGUCAUGGUCAAACACACCAUAACACUGAGUUAGACGCUUCGCUGUGUAUUGCUAUCGUGUGGUCUUGAGGGAUGUCUAACUCGGUGUUACUGUGUGUUUGACCAUGACUUAAAUUUACGCCGGAAUAUCCCUUUAAGCUCAUUAGUCCUUUAUUUGUCUCUGCAGGUGGGCUGACGGUAAAGGUCCGCUGGCAGUGGAGUUCUCAAGCUCUGAGGUGAAGAACCUGAUCCGAGCCCUGUUCCAGAACACGGAGAGGAGAGCUGUAGCUCUGACCAAAAUCAAAUGAAGAACCUGGAGUUGAAUGAUCGUCAAAAAGCAACUGUAGCACUUUUUUCCAAUGAGGAAAAUAUGAGACAUGCCUUCAUUCAUUUCCAUUUUCUGUUUCAGUAAAUGUUCACACUAACAUAUUUGUGAGAUGCAAGUUUGUCACAGAAAGAUGUUUGUCCUGUCUGAUGGAGUUGCUGUCGCUGAGGGUAUAAGCUGCUGGUAAAUCUGUGGGAAAUGUUUCUUCUCUGCGUUCAGGCUGCAAUUAGUCCCACAGAGAUUACAAGAAGGCUUCUUUGCAUCAACAUCUUGCUGCCUCAUCCCAUCACUUUAAAGGUUUACCAGCACAAAGCCAGCUGAGGUUGUGUAACCAGAGAUGUGCCAUCUGUUGUCAUGUGAUGUUGUGUUCAGGGUUAACUUUGCUGAACAUUGUUAAUCAAACUUCAUCUCUAACUUGUCUCUGCGUUUCUGUUCUGAUAUCAUUCAGACUCUUUUUUGUUUUAAUGUUUGUUUGGGCUGAAACGUCUUUAUGUGUCUGUUUUGUUCUUACUUUGAUGUCCUGCAUCAUAUAUCUCUUGAAGAUAAUAUUUAAGCUGCUUUCAUGCUUGAGCUCAAAUAUUUACUUUAAAAUGUGUUAAAGUGUGGAGUGGUACCACCAGAUUCCAGGGUUCAUGUUUAAACUCUUAUCCGCGUUCACUCUGGGUCAACACAAACCUUUUUUUCUGUAUCAUACAGCAAAAAGGACAAAAGAAGAACAAAAAAUAUGAACGUAAGAGCAUAAAACAUCACAAGAUUGACGUUUGGUGAAAAAAAAGUGUUGAUCAAUCAAUCAAUCAGGCUUUAAUUAUAAAGCACUUUCCAUACAAAAAGCAGAAACAUGUCAGGGCGUACAAAAUAAAAAUGCAAAACCACAUUCAACACGCAACACUUACACAUGCAUACACAAGAGGACUUUAAAUUGACCCAAAGUACUUAGAAAACUCAAGUUAAAAAUGAGGAACAUUUGGUUAUCACUUAUUUAAAAGUUCAUGUUCAACGGUUAAUCCUACGUUUUACCAUUACAUUUAUCAAAAUCAUUUUUCAGUUUUCUGUGGCAUCCAAAAGAAAUAAUAUGCUUUGUAAAUUUGUCAUGUGAAGGUUAUUCCAAUGACAGGACUGUUUUCAGGGUUUUCUUGUACAAACCAUUAAACUAUAAUGUAUUUAUUACCUGCCAAAAUAAACCAAAUGACUUUGCUUUUCUGAA